AUGUAAUAAGUUUAAAAAGAAGAGGUAUGAAUUUAAUUUACUAUGUAAGAUACCAUAUUUUAAGUAUUGUUAAAAAUUAGGUGGUGUAUAGAGAAAAGAUAUCUAUGUUUCUCCAACCAAAGCUGCAACAUUUCUACAUUUAAUUAAACAUGUAAUAGUCAUUAUAUAUAAAGAGAUGUGAUAAGGAUUCUGCAUUAAGAUUUGCUUAAAGAAGAAUUUGCAAAUGGGAUACAACAAUUAAAUAAGAUGGUCCUAGUAAUUGUAGAAUUUUAAAACCUAAAGAAAAUAAAGAAGUAAUUUUGUUAAAUUAUAUCAAUUCAGAAAAGAAUACAUGGAUGGUAGAAUAUUGGGAUGGAAAUGUUUUAUGAAAACAAAGAUACUGUAGCAGAUAUUAAUUAAUUAGAAUUAGAUUAGGAUAAUGAUACAAUACAGAAAGAAAUUGAAAAGAAUGAAAUGAAACUAAAAAAUGAUUUUAAAAAUAAAAUAGCUCAUCUCUAACAAUUUUAUAGAGAACUUAAUUAAAAAUAUAGUUUUAGUAGAAGUGAUCCCAAUUUUAAAGAAAAAAUUACAAUGGCUAAAUUAGAUUUAAUUCAUAAUAGAAAUCAACCUAUUAAAUAUCUUAAAACUAAAGGAAUGAAAUAUAUAGAAUUAUAUAAUGAAUUCAAUUAAAAUAAAAAAUUAAAAGGUAAUGGAUUAUUUAAUAAAUUACAUGUAUUUAAUUAAUUUAGAACUGAUGAUUGUAAAGUUAAAGAAAAAUUGUUGAGUGAAUUAUAUAAACAAAAGAAAGAGAAUUAAAGUGUUAAUCAUAAAGAAUUACAACAUGAUGUUCAUAUCUAUGAUAAUAUAGAAGAAUAAAGUGAAUAGAUGUUAAAAAUAAUUGAACAAACUAAUGAUUUCUCCAUGACUUUGAGAAAGAAUGAGCAUAAAUUAACUGUUUCAUAAAAAGCAAUUGCAUUUGCAGAAGACUUUAAUAGAACAAAAUAUUUAUUUAAUUAUUCAAGUAAGAACUAAAUGUAAAAAAUGUUUGAAAUACCUGAAAUUCCUUAAAUUCCUUAAAGUACUUAAUCAAUAAAAUUGAAGAAGCACUUUUCUUCUCCUUCAAGUUUUGAUGAUCAUUUUGAUAAUUGUCUUAAUUAGUAUGCACAUGAAGUUUUAGAGUAUUAAUAGGAAAUGUAGGAUAAAGAAAUAACAACAGAGAAUUUAUAAAAAAUGUUAUAAAAAAGAGAAAAUCUAAGAUGUAGUUAAAUGAGGAAAGUUUCUAAGACCUCACAUAGUCAUUAACCUAGUAUUCACUUAGACUUUAGUAAAGUGAAAUGCUAACACUAAUCUUCAAGAGAUAGAGAAUCUACAAAAGCAGGAAACUCUUUCAAUAUAAAAUAACGAUCUUAUCUUGUAAGUCCAUUUAGUAAAUCAUGA